AUGUGUGGCGACAAUGACGAAGCUUGCAAUCUGGCAUUAGAACCAGUACAACAUAGAAAGCCCAAGACUAAACGCGUCGAGCAAGCCCCGCCAGCUCCUGAGCCGGCGGCAGGUUACCCUCCUACUCACCCUCAAGGGAAAUCUCCCUUAAGGCCGGACUGGCUGUCAAGCAAAGAGUGGAACAAAGUGCGCGCGCUGCAAUCGCGCGGUAAGAACAUUCUAGAGAUUGCUCACGCUGUGGACAAAAACGCCAGCAAGCUGCGAAUUUACGUCGACACAUACCUCAAGAACGCCAAUCUCUCACCACUGCCCAGCGCAAACUCAACAAACUCGUCAACUAACUCGACAUCCGGUAGUACAGGAUCAUCAGAGGGUGGACUCUUCCCCCUGGAUCAGCAGGUCACGGUACCACAAGAAGGCAAGCCGGACCCAUCAUUUCUCGACCGCGAAGAGCAAGAGAUUGUCUGGAAGAUGUUCCAGCAGAACAGUACGGUUCGGAACAUGGCAAACAGGCUUCACAAGAAUCGACAAAAACUCUCACAGUAUAUAAAUGCUUAUAUGCGUCCUAGACUUUUGAAGCUCCAGGCCGAAGAACGGGAGGCUGAGAAUGCUCCCACGCCCAUCACACCUAUUACUGGAGCCAUUCUUCAACUUCCUCCCUCCAACCCUGUUGCCCCCAUAGCCUCUGAUCCAGGACCUGCACCUACAUCUUCCGAGGAGCCCAGUCUUAAAGACAAUGACAAUGCAGAAUUGCAGGCCUUUUUCGUUGAUCCUCUGCUUUUUAAAUCUCUAACAGCUGCUAUGGAGAAUGAGGCUCACAAGAAGGACGAGGUAUCAUUCCUUGAAACGCCCAAGAGUGCCAGCGAUGAAGACUCUCUCUUCGGCGGUGACUCGCCCCUUGAUGAGAGUAAUUAG